AUGCCGUCGCCGGACGCGGCGGCGAGGCACACGGGCGCCGGCGUGGCGCGUCGGCAGGCCCACCACGAGCGGAUGCGCGACGAGCGCGCUCGGGAGGCGGCCGCGGGCAACGCGGAGCUUCCGCCGGAGGACGACGCGGUCGAGAUGGUGAGCGCCGUCCAGCUGCUGGACAGCGUGGCGGAGGCGGGCCCGAACUACACCCUGCUGCGCUGCAAGGAGACGAAGGCGAAGCGGCGGAAGCGACAGCGCGAGGAUGGCAGGGCGGCGCUCAACGGCCACACUGUCCUGCCCACCGGAUCGCGCCUCGAGAUCUUCUGCGACACCGAGCGGUGGUACCCCGCGACCGUCAUGGGCCGGGAGGAGGACGGGGACGGACGGAUCGCGCACCAGGUCGAGUACGACGGCUACCCGGAUCGGCGGUGGUGGCACAUGCUGGACGACGAGCGGUGGCGAGCCGUCCCAGAGCAGGCCGGCACGGGCGCAGGAGGCGCCGCCGCAGACGCGGAGGACGACGAGCGGCAGGACGAGGCUGCGCGUGGCGACGAGCAGCCGAUGCUAGCGCCCCACGGGCCGGCGCUGUCGGUGCAGCUUCGGCGCGUGCGCCUGCAGCUGCGCGAGUUCCUUGCAACGCAGGCCGCGGCAGGGAAGAGCGUGCCGAUGCAGCGGACGGCCCUCGGUCUGCACCCGACGAUGCGGUGGACGAUCCGCUUCGGCAAGUGGCUGGCGACGACGCGAGUCAGAGCAUUGAGGGCGAGCCGGUGGCACGCGACCGAGCGGGGCGACGCGCGGGAGGAGGAGCCGACGGUGCGCACGGGUCGCGGCGAGAGCACGGUCUACGUCGCGCUGCAGCACAUGAAGAACCACGUGUGGCGCGAGAUCUGGCCGGCGAUGCCGAGCGACGCGAGGCAGUACUGGCGGCUGGUGACCAACCAGGUGGGAGAGUACCAGAUGCAAGACACGCAGCUGCUAGAGCCGUUCGAGGUGAACGUGGCCUUCAUCAUGAACGCCUACUUGUGCUUCGCGCGGCAGACCGGGCACGAGCUGCCGCCGCUGACGAUGGGCGACCUGUCCAUCGCCGCGGAUGAGCUGCUGCGGGGACUAGGCGGGGCGGGCGUGAUGACCGAGGGCGACUUCGAGGCCCUCCUCCGGAUGGAGGUGACCUUCGCGCGCAAGAAGGGCGAGUACUACGCGUGCUACGAGUUCGGGACGGCGAUCACGCCCGACUCGGACCAGAUGAUGCGCAUCGGGACGCUGGCGAUGGUGCGCCUGCUGCUGCGCUGCGGAAGCUUCAGGGCGUGCUACUCGAAGCUGAGCGAGGCGAGCGCGGCGGCGCUGCGUCGCAAGGUGGCUGAGCCGAGCGGGUUCGCCGGGCUCGAGCUGGAGGACACGGGCUACGAGACGCUGGCGGCGCUAGUUGCGGCGUGCCGAGCGGACGGCUGGGUGCUCGACAAGGCGGCCCUGGACCGGCCUCUGUUCCCCGGCGUCGACGAGGCGACGGGGUUCUUCUUGUUCACCGAGAGCUUCGACGUGCAGCGACUCUGCCGGCGCCUGAUCGAGACGGGGCGCCAGCUGGGCAUGGCCCGGCACAAGGUGGGCGCGUGGAGUCUGCGCAAAGAUGCGUGCGAGCAGCCGGCGUCGGCGGGCCACGGCGCCGUCGCGGCGCGAGUGCUGGGCCACCGCCAGGUCAACUCCCGGACGAUGGAUCGGGUCUAUCGCGCAGACCUGCGCACGCGCGAUCUCGGCGCAUACUGGAUGCGGCGCGACGCGCUCGGGAGCGUGGAGCGCGCGCCGCUGACGUCGCUCUCGGCGUCGCGUGUGCCGGAGGUGGGCGGCGUGCGCGGCUUUGGCGACCUGCCGCGGGCGUGCCCGGAGCGGCAGGCGGCGCGGAGCGACGCGAAGGUGGCGGAGGCGUCGGAGGAGGUGGCGGGCGCACGACGCAAGCUGCAGCAGCGGCUCGGCGUCGCGCAGCUGCCGAGGUGCUUCAAGGCGCGCGCGCGUGCAGCUGGCGGCGGCGAGGAGGUGGACGAGUACGAGGCGGCGCAGCGCCGGCUCUGGAAUCGGAAGGGCGAGGCGGAGAAGGACGCGGUGGAGGCGCACCAGCUUCGGCUCUACAAGGAAGGGCAGGAGCGGCUGCGCGCCGCGCCGGCGCUGCGGAUGGCGAUGCUCUCGACGCACGCGUGGGCCCCUCGGUCGGAGGAUGACGCGAUCGCGUUCGGGCUGGAUCGCAGGGACCGCACGCGCGAGCUGCGGAUGCUGCGCAAGCUUCCGGCGAUGCUGCAGGGCUCGAUCCUGCGUGUGGGGGCUCUGCACGUGCUUCCGACGGCGGGCACGCCGGCAGAGGUGUACGGGCGCGUGCGGCGGCGGAGCGAGGACAUCUGCAUCCUCGAGUGCGGCUCGGAGGACUGCGCAGGGCGACCCUCCAUCGAGUGGCCGACCACGGUCGCAGGGUUUGAGGAGCGGCGGUGCGAGCACUGCGGCGGCGCGGUGCGGCUGCGCUGGCAGCGCGAGCCCCACGCCGAGUCCGAGACCGCAGCCGUCGAGUCGCUCGCGGUGGGCGCGGCCGCAUCGCUGGGCGAGAGCUUCCGGGAGACGUACUGGGGGUGGUACAACCUCUCCGCACGGGCCGCGAUCGGCAACGCGGCGUACGCGGCCGGGGCGGCGGCGACCGCCAGGGCCAGCGCGAGCGAGGCGGCAGACGCGCCCCUGCUGGGCGCGGCCGUCGAGGAGCUCGAGCUCGACGACGAGAUGGUCGCCGAGGCGAUCGCGGCGCUAGACGGAGGCGACGGAGCGCCGGGCCGCGGCGAUGAUGCCGAUGAAGACGCGGGCGAUCACCGCGGUGCGUCGCAAGAGGUUUGA